AUGAGGCCUGAGAACCAGAGCAGCGUGUCCGAGUUCCUCCUCCUGGGGCUCCCCAUCCAGCCAGGGCAGCAGGGCGUGUUCUUCACCCUGUUCCUGGGCAUGUACCUGACCACGGUGCUGGGCAACCUGCUCAUCAUCCUGCUCAUCAGGCUGGACUCUCGCCUGCACACGCCCAUGUACUUCUUCCUCAGCCACCUGGCCUUCUCUGACAUUUCUGUCUCCUCCGUCACUGUCCCAAAGAUGCUCAGGAACAUGCAGACUCAGCAACAAUCCAUCUCCUAUGUGGGAUGCAUUGCUCAGCUGUACUUUUUCAUACUUUUCAGUGGUCUUGACAAUUUCCUUCUGGCAGUGAUGGCAUAUGACAGGUAUGUGGCCAUCUGUCACCCUCUGCACUACACCACCAUCAUGACAAAGGAGCUGUGCACACUGCUGGUGGCUGGCUCUUGGGUUCUCUCCUAUGGCAGUGCCCUGUUGCACACCCUCCUCUUGGUCGGACUGUCCUUCUGUGCUGACAAUACCAUCACCCACUUCUUCUGUGACCUCGCUGCCCUCCUGAAGCUGAGCUGCUCUGACAUCUCCCUCAAUACGCUGGUCAUCUUCACCGAGGGAGGAAUGCUUUCCUUCCUGCCUUUGGCUAUUGUUUUGGGCUCAUAUAUCCGCAUAGGGGCCAUCAUCCUGAGGGUCCCCUCCACUAAGAGACUCUUUAAAGCCUUUUCCACCUGUGGCUCCCACCUCUUUGUGGUGUCUUUAUACUACGGGACACUUGCAGGUGUUUAUUUUUUCUCCUCUUCCUGGGAUUCCAAGGACAUAGCUGCUUCGCUCAUGUAUGCGGUAGUCACCCCCAUGCUGAACCCCUUCAUCUACAGCCUGAGGAACAGAGAUAUGAAACAGGCUCUAGAACUGUGUGUCCAUAGGGUUAAGUUCUUUAAGCGGCAACCACUAAAUCCUCUUGUUGCAGUCAGGAGNCAGGCCUUAGAACUGUGUGUCCAUAGGGUUAAGUUCUUUAAGCGGCAACCACUAAAUCCUGUUGUUGCAGUCAGGAGCACGGUGAGAUAA